AUGGCAGCAUCCACCUAUAGAUCAUUUAAUAUUUUCAGAAGCAGAUUGGGUACUAGAAAGUAUUGUACCAAUGUGCAUGACAAACCCUCUCCAUUUAUGGUACAGGAAGUGUUGGAACAACUCAACCUUCAGGAUGGUCAAACAGUUCUUGAUAUGACAUUUGGUGAUGGAUUGCACACUGAAGCCCUUUUAAAAAGCAAUGACAACGUGAAAGUCAUUGCCUUGGACAGAGAUCCAUAUGCCAUUGAAAAGGCAAAAGCUCUGACUUUGAAAUAUCCUGGUCGACUUCAACCAUUAUUAGGUCGUUUCAGUGAUCUUCCUGUCCUGCUCUCACCUAUAGGAAUCAAAAUAAAUACACUUGAUGCUUUAAUGUUUGAUCUGGGUUGUUCUUCAAUCCAACUAAAUGAUGCAAGCCGUGGUUUCUCCUCUGAAGUUGAUGGUCCAUUAGAUAUGAGAAUGGAUGGUCCUUCUGCCUUGAAUUCUAUCACUGCUUAUGACAUCCUUACCAGAGCAGAUGAGCAGGACUUAGGAAGAAUAUUUAAAACAUACGGUAGUGAGAAUCAAGCCAGAAAAAUAGCUCGGAGCAUUGUUACAUGCAGAUAUACAUUUCAAGGAUUGAAUUCCACAGGGGAACUGAAAGAGUUUCUGAAGAGUAUCCUUGAAGAAAAAAGUGGCCGUGUUGUGAAAAACGUGUUUUUUGCUCUGCGUUCUUUUGUUAACAAUGAAUUAAAUGAACUUAAUUUUGCAAUUCGCUUUGCUGAAGCAUAUUUAAAGAAAGGCGGUCGUAUGAUAUCUCUAACUUUCAAUCAGGUAGAAGACACAAUUGUCAAGCGACAUGUAUCUGGUAAUGUAUUGGAAACUAAUCCUAAUCCUAUGCCACUAAAAUAUUACGGUCAGGCAUUUAAUUUGAGUGUGGAAGAAAUGAAUGAAUUAAGGAAAUCAAUUUGGGCCCCCUUAUCUAAACAUGUCAUUACCCCUGAAAACCAUUUUAAAUCCAUGAAUCCACGAAUAAGAGAUGCAAAACUGCGAGGAGCUAUCAAGCUAUAGAUUUUUCUUGGAUUGAUUCGCAAUGUAAAUUUAAAGUGCCUUUGUAGAGUUUAUUAAUAAAGCAUUGAAAUAUGAA